GCCGGUUUCCUUUCCCAGUCGCCGCUGCAAGCCUCGUUGCCCGCCGCCCGCAUCGAGUGGGGUUUCCCCCCGUUCGGGCUUGUCGGUCGCCGACUAUGCCGAGCUUCAUUUUGCGGACGCCGCAGCGGAGGGCCGAUGGCGCAUAUCGACGGCUCUGUCUUCUGACCGAACGGUGAAAAAGAAAAAAGGACACGGCGAAACGAGAGUGCAAGGGAAACAAUAGUGCCCGUCUGAGAAGCAAGGCGACGCGGAGUUUUGUUCAACGUGCCAAGCCUCGGAACAGUACGGAUAACCCACGAGAGAGAAGCCAAGCACAAUGAGCCGAAGGACGUCUGCCGGACCUCGGAAAGCGGGGGCGUCGGAAGGGCGUACAGACCUGACGCCGUCGUCUCCGCCAGUGUCGCCGCUGAAGAAGGAUGAACGCAAGUCUCUGACGGAUUCGGGAUACGAUGCAGGCUAUACCUCCAUGAGCUGCUCCACUGCGACAGAUCCGGACAUCAUCUCCAAGUCGACCUGCAGCAUGCUGGACUCUGGGGUGCUCGACGAGGAAGCUCAUCACAGCGGUGACAUCAAGGGUGCGGCUUCAGCGUCAGCAACAAAACUGGACAGUGGCUACAUUGAGCCGUCCUCGUCGGCGUUCUUGCUUGAGGAGGACUGCGAGACGCAGCUGCUGGGCCGGAAGCUUGGUGUGCGAGAGAUGUACGCGCAGGACGACGAUGGCGACACCCUUCUGCACGUCUCUGUCAUCAAAGGCUGGACGAGACUGCUCGUGCGCAUAAUCCGUGAAACGCCGCAUCCGGAUCUCCUGGACAUCCAAAAUGACUACGGGCAGACUGCUCUCCACGUAGCCGCUCUGUGCAGUCGACACCAUGAGGCUCGUCUGCUUGUCGUCGCCGGGGCAACGGUGGACUUGACAGACGAUGCCGGCCGGACGCCACUGCACCUUGCGUGCCAACGAGGUGACUGCAGGGUUUCCAGCGACCUGCUUGCUGAUGUUACCGAGGAGGAGACUGACUUCUUGCAGCCCCGUUACGACGUGCGUCCCGGGCAGCGCGACUCUGCCCGCACCGCUGCCUUGGUGUCCCAAAGGACGCUGACUGGCGACACAGCUCUCCACCUGGCGGUCAGGUCCGGCUCGCUGGAUCUCAUUGAGCUGCUCCUGCACCACGUGCCCGACCCCAACGUCCGAGAGCGGUACUGUGGUGCCACCCCUCUACACUUGGCCUGCCGGCUCGGUCGGCCGGACCUGGCCGACGCACUGCUCCGAUCUGGCCGCGUCGACGUCAACGCCACCGACUACGGCCGCAAGACGGCGCUGCGCCACCUGUGGGACGCGCAGCGGCAGAAUCCGCGCAGUAAGGAUUUGCUGCGCCUGGUGCUGCUGCUGCGAGAUCACGGUGGCACGCCCAUUGUUGACCCAGGUUCCGAGGAUGAGGAUGACUCAGAGGACAGCUCUGAGGAUUACAAUGACUCUGAGGAUGAGGAAGACGAUGUACAAGCAGUGGCAAACGCCAUCAACAACAGGCUGUCACAUGGCAAUCCCCGGGUGAACGACAUCGGCACCUCAUAGCAGACCCACGAGGCGUACCUUUCCCACAUUCAUGCACUUUCCUUCAUGUCAACCCUAUCAUCUUCUGCAUCAUCGUCGGGACCUUCGAGCAUCCGUCGGCAAGACUGAUUGCAAGUGGACUGCGCAUUGUUUUCCCCACUGGCACCAUACUUGACAGUUUCAUGUCUCGGUUGAUUCUCCCUGUAAGUCCGGUGCGACUUGUCAGCAGACCUUCUUUGCGUUGAUUGUGUGAGCCAAAUUUGAAACUGAUUCUCUUGCUCGCGUAAGGCCGUUUGCGUUCAAAGUCGUAGUUCAGUGUUGAAUAAUUCCGGUGUUGUGCCGAAUCAUUCCAUAGGCUGCAAGCGAUGUUGAAAACUUGCACGACUGUGGUGUCACUAUUAUUUCGACUGCUGUUUCACUGCGUCCACAUUUACGCACGGAGUUUGCGACUCCUGUCAGAGUCGCAUAGUCUUGUGAAGCCCCGUUCGCACGGCCGUUUUCUCUCCAUUCCGUCACCACUUUAGUACCUUGUGUUUCCCUUAGAAAAGACGCAUUUCAGGCUGAUUUAUUGAAACUGGCCGUCCAUCAUGUGGGCAACUGCUAUGGCUGUGACAGAAAUCCUUCAGCCAGAAAUGCGCAAAUUGGGAAGAUCCAAAACACUAUCAAAGGCCACAGAGACGCCCCAAUCGUCCUUAUAUGUGCAUAUUUACAGUUGUCGUGGAAACAUUGGCAUUUCGUGGAACAAAGCAAAAUUUAUCCUAGUGCAUAUGCUCAUCUCGGGAUAUAAUAUCAGUCACAAUCCGGAGAAACAUUCAUACUGGUUGCUGAACUGCUAAGCUAAAUUAUUUCGAUUGCAUCUGAAGCAGAGUUCAGUUAUUCAAGACUCAAAAUGUACUCCACCAGGCACCACCUGUUCGAGGGUCAUUUCAUCCUUUCAUUGGCGCUUCUCUUUCUCGUGGUAGUGAUGCGACGGUGGUGUGAUGAUAGUGUAAUGGGUGACGUGAUGAAAUCAACUGACUGCUGUGUGAACAAGGGCCGAGAUUUCUUGUGCCCAGGAAGCUGUCCUUUGCAUCCUGACCAUUCUCUUUUGUCUUGGCUUGGAGCGGAUAGGAUGUGGUCCUUCAGUUUCGCGGUGCAUAGUAGCUACAUCCGCCAGACGCAGUGCGUGUACAUGUAUAUACAUAAUAGUGAACGGGGGACCAUUGUUUCUCGUAUUUUGUGAGGUUAGUAGGGAGCGUUAUUUAUUAUUAGUGUAUCAUCAAAAACCAUCAAGGUUUAGUUGCGUUUUUCACAUAUUUCUUGUCAUCUACAUUGUGCACGAGAUCUGCAUGUGUGUGAGGUUGUGUGCGUGAGAUACGUAUUGGUUAUGUGCCUGCUUGUUUGGCAAGCCUACCAGCAGCAAGUUUCUCAAUAGGGUCUUAGUUUUCGUUUUCUCUCUUAAUGUAAAAUAUGAACGUGUUGUGUAAGCACAGCCGUGUUAAAUUUGUGUGGAAAGUCUGAAAUUAAUCAAGCCAGCAACGGUAAUCAGAAGCCGGAUGCAAGGCUUUCUACAUCGGACGAAGUUUGCAUCGUUGUGUUGGAAAUGGCCGCUUAAUUGGAGAAUAGAAAAGACUUUGACCUGCAGUCUACGGAUAUCCCGGGACUCGGUUGAAGAGCUUGUUUUUAUCUGAUAAUUCAGGGCAGUCAUGUUUGUAUCUUCAAGAUUCUACACCAUGGCUGUAGUUGCAGAUGUUGCCGAUUCUGUUAUCUGCGGCUGAGGGAGUAUGGCGUUCUACUGCACAAGAGGUUGCGGGAUUAAUUGCCUGGUACACCGGCCGCAUCCCAAUGAAGGGCGGGCUUGCAGUAAUGUCUUUGGACAGAUGCUUCUGCCAACAUUUAAAAGCGGUCAGAGUUAAUUUGGGUUCUUCAGCUGCGGUGCCCUCGUGCCCACAGGCAUGAAACUCCCCAUCGGUGCAAUGUUUGUGCUUUUGCCGCGCAUUAAGCUGGUUCUCUUCCCAGCUGCUGCAAUGCGGAUGUAACGAAAUGCAAGCAUGCCAUUUAAGUGGCCCAGUUUUCAGCAGUCAUUUAACCCAGGGACAUCCUAACAAAUCCGGAUCGCUUAGGCUAACUCCCUUAGGCUAACUGUAGCAUCGUAGUGUAGAAAUCUUGUCUCGGGCACAGCCCGUUCCAUUUUAAGCAGCUGGCUUCACCCAUGAUCCGACAUUAAAUGACUCUUUGACAGGUUUGUCUCGUGUUCUCGUGCCGUUUGAAAUUGACUUGAGUCCAGUGUAGGCAAUGCCUGAAGUCCAAAAGAAAAGAUAUAUGUAUAUGCAGGAAAUGUUUUACAGUGAACGUGUACAGUUUUGUCUGUAGUAGUACCUAAAGCUGUUCUACUGUAUUUGCAUUGACGCGAACCCGGUUUUUUAAUGCAUCACAUUCCAUGUGCAGUCGGUGUCGGUUGUUUUUGUCGUGUUAUGCCUGGCUGGUUCCUUUCCGUUUGGCAUGUGUGGACACGGCGAACGUUUCUCUCUUUCCUAUGUAGACGCAGUGGAAUGUGUGGGGGUGAAUGUUCAUCUUUCUGGCAUGUGUGUGGACAUUGGGAACAUUUUUUUCUGUCGUUUGUAAGUGCAGCAGACGUGUGAGCAAAUGUUAAUUCUGUCUGGCAUGUGUGGACAUUGUUGUGAACAUUUCUUUCUGUCGUGUGUGAAUACAGUAAAUGUGCGUGACUGGAUGUUCUGGGUGUACGGGGGGGGGGGAUAGCAGCCUCGUAUGGGCACAUUUGCGGCACUUCGGUGGCACCACUGCUACGACGUUGCCGUCCGUUGUUGCCUUUUGCACCGUUAAAAUGAACGCAUUGCCACAAAUCGCGUGGCAGAACUGUACAGCCGUCUCUCCGUUUUACCAAAAGUGUUUUGAGCUGGGCUGCCUUGUACAGCAAAGCCUUUUCUAGUUUUCAUCGCGCCAGAAUAGUGGAAAGGCUAAUAACAACAGCAAAGUGGGCAGCACUAGUGUUAACAUUGGGUUUAGCGGCAGCUACUGAUGUGAUGCAAGCAAUUUCCAUUCCUGCGACAGAGUUUGCUGGUUUGUCACUUUGUACAGAAGGCUUGCUCAUGGCUUUAUGUUCGAGGAGUGCUGACCCAAGUUUUUGAAGCCUUAAAUACUCUGCCACACGUUUUUCGCAAGCAAAAGGAUCACAGUAAGAAUGAAAUUUGGUGAAAAGUUACGGUACCUUAAUUCGAUGUUGAAGUGAAUCUCAAAACCUUGAACAGGGCGUCAUCAACAUUAUUAUGACAUCAUGAUAGAGUGAAAUUUGCUUAUGGAGUGUAGCAAUAAGUUGUUGCUCUAAAGUUUAGAGCAUUUGUACUUUCAUUUAAUGGAAAAAAGAAACCGAAAAGUGAUAUGUUCAGUCGAAGUUUGCAGUUGGCUGCCUGAUAUGGUAAAAUAUUUAACAAUCCAUGUGCUGGUGUAUGAAAACGGUGAUAUGUUGACAGAACUGAAACUUUUUUUUUUCUUUGUCAUGUCACUGGACUGAAAUCAAUAAUCGCCUUAUUGCCAUGCCGAACACUUUGCUGUUUAAUAGCUUUUCCAAGUUCUGCUGUUCUCUUGUACACAAGCUUUAUUGUAUAAAAGCAAAAAAAAUAUUGAUGUUGCUUUGGUUACAAGCGUGAGCUUUGCACUAUCCACUAGGUGUUGUUGCAUUGUUACUGUAAAAUAACUACCUGUAAUAUAUUACUAUUAUACUGUCUGCUCCGAGUGCGAGUACUGUGUGACGUGGUUCGUGCGUUGUAUGGAUACGUGAAUGGUUUUUCAAGACUAUCUUUUGUUUCCUUUUUCUGAAGGCAGCUGUUGGCGACCAGUCAGAUGGCAGUUAAUAUUCUUUUGCAUAUCUGUCAGGUGAUCAGUAAAUUGGCACAGAUUCUAUACAGGCGCACGUGUGAAAAACUUGUGUGCUCAUCGCACAGUUUGAGUCCCUUCUUGUUUUAGUUAUUGAUCGCAUUGUGAUGCCUUGAAUGCCUGAAUUUGCACGGUUGUUAGCAAUCCAUAAAUUAGUCUGUGAAUUGGUCUGAAACCGCAAAAAAGCUCGUUUAUUUGGAUUUAGAUGCACAUUGAACUCCAGGUGCUCAAAAUUAAUUUGGUGUCCCCCACUUCGGUGCGCCUCAUAAUCAGAUGGUAGUUUGGCAUGUAGGACCCCAGUUAAUUUUUAGCGCAAGUGCUCGGCUGCGCGUUUUCGGCGACACCCCAGGUUAUAAGACCGCUUCGGGGCUGCGAUACAGGUUUCUUUGGCGACUGUUCCAUGAUCGACACUUGAUACCAACUGUGCUGCCGCGUCAAAAUUGUUGUGCAACUCCUUUACAUAGCUCUGCUUAGUCGGCCAACUUAGCCGGCCUCAAACAAACUUAGUCGGCCUCAUUUAAGCUCGAGCUGCUUGUUGCCUUAUUGCCUUUUUUGUUUCGUUCAUGUCAUGUCAACACUGCCUUCAGAAAGUGACAAGGGAGCCAACCCUACCACUACCCUUACCCAUCUUUUUUUGUUGGUCCGUGACGUGUGUGUGUGUGCUUGUGACAUCUGUAUCUUUAUUUUUUUAACAACGCAGAGGAAGUGUGAAGAAAGCGCGAGAAAAGCAAUCCUGCGCCACACACUUCCUUCGAAGACAGAACGACACUGCCUGGAUUUCCUGGAAAAAAGGAACGCUAAAAUAAAUAUACCGAAUCAACUCUUGCCAGUUGAGGAUAUAACCAGCAGCAACUGCCGAGAAGCAAAGUGUACAUAGCCUCGUCACAGGCGACGAGAAAUGAUUUUAAUGCAGAGUUUAAAUGAAAUCUUGAAAGCGUGCACGGAUGUUGCUCGGGCCGCUUUUCAAGGAACAGUCGACCCUCACUGCUGUCCGGGCAUGCCUGUUGUGUUCUGCAGUGAAAUUUACAUACAGACACCGUUAAUAUUUGCUAAUUUUGGUGUCAUCAUAACUUUGCGUUGAUUGUAACCUGGUGUUUGGGAAGCAGAGACAUUGAACAUUUGCCAUAUUUGGAGCUGGCUGGAACAGUCUUUGCCACCACAAAUUGAAUCAGCAUUGCCACAAGUUUGCCUGGUGGGAUAUGUAGUUAAAGAUCACAUAUGGUUAAAAUAAUUUCUCAAAACAGUAAUGUUUUAUGUGUAUAUAUAUGUAUAUGCGCAUGCAUACGUAAGAGAAUUUCUUUAUUGGGAACAUUUUUUUUUUAGCUGCUUCGCGACACUGAAUGAGCAACUAAUCAUUGUGGUCUGUUCAUUCAUUGACUAAAAUUUGUUAAUAACUCUUCUAACCAGUUUUUGCAGAGAGGGAGGUUAAAGCAAUUUACACAAUUUUAAAGUUGUCAUACAUUGUUUAAAUACUCGUUGCCGAAAAUUUGCUGUUUUCAGCUUUGAUCCUGAAGCUGGGCACACAGAGUACCCAGUUAAUAAAACAGACUGACAGAUACAGAUAUAUAUAUCUUCCAGGUAUAAAUUGCUUGCAAUGUUGGUAUAAACUCUAAAUGGUAUUUAUGUGGUAGCAAAAGCCUGCCAGUUCAAGCACCCCACAAAUGCUUGGCAAAUGUAGUUAGCUCACUUAUAAACAUGUUUGACACCUUCAAUGCAUAUACUAUAUUUCAGGGUGUUCACAUGAAAUCUUGUGUCGGUCUAUUGGGAGGUUUUGCCAAUAUGGCCUUUUUGCAGAAAGGUUGUUUACAGACGUUGCCUGGAAGGGUGAAGGACGACUGUUCUGUAGAAGAAAAAAAAACAUCGAGGCAUGCUCGCUGUGUCUUGCGACGCGAGAGUCUUCGAGGAAAAAAAAAUGAAAUGUGUAAAAAAGAGAUUUAUAUUCUAUACAUGGCGUGUUUUCUUGAAACAAGAAAAAAAAAAAAAAGUUGACCGUGAAGCGAGCAUCAGUUUUGUUUUGUGGUAUGUUCAGUGAACUUCGAAGAGUGUUGAGCUUUUGAUGUUAAAGUUGCAAAUUUCACUGGCCGUAGCCACGGCAUGUGGAAUUGUGAAUGAGUUGUACAGAGUUGUUGUGCAAAGGAAGUGCUAAUUGCUUUUCCUGCUCUAAGCAUGCCUGUAUUGUUGCUAGCACCUAUGACGAUUCACAUGGCUAGCUUUCUGAUGUGUUUUAGUAUGCCACAUUUUCUGUCUGCACGACUGGCAAGUUUUUUUGUAAUGUUGACAUAGUAGUUGAAUAUCUUCGCUCUAUAGAUAGGACAGAUCUCUCGUUCCAUAGUUUUGACCCUGGUUUCCAUUCUGCUUUUCACUGGUUUAUAGUUUUCUUCGUUCAUAGCUUGUAGGCAUUAGGCUAAAUCCUGGGACUCGUUGGCUUCUUCACACGCCCACUUUCUUGACUUUCAUUUCUUUAAUUGGCCAAAACGCAUAAUUAUGGCUCUUUCUAGUGUUUCUAGCAGUCCGUCUUGGUGUGUGACAUGUAUGCUUUUUUAAAAAAGAAAACUACCUUUUGUAAUCCAGUGUAUAUUUAACUGCUAUCAACUAGUACCCAAAAAGUGGCCACUGUUGACGUCUAUCUGUGACCAAUCGCUGGCAAAAGUCGUAGGUAGGAACGAACACAUUUUGCUGCAGUUAAAUAAAGAAGUUGCUGAUGUGACAGCUUCACAUCUUGCUAGUAGGUUCUGCCGAUUUUUGAAUCGCUUGCCAGAGUUACCGAGAACAUCAGGCAGUGGUUCCCAAUGGUGGCACAAGAGAUUGAUGUGUCUAAAAAGAUGCGAUGUUCACUUGUUCGGUGGUCCCUUCUGUAUACUUAUGCUGUGUUCGUUGAAGCCAUUACUUCCAUGGCCUAACUUUGGUCGAUGAGUGAAAAGGAAAACUGUUGAUUCACGGUGUGUAAAACAUGUCUGCAGCUGCGUCGAAUGGUGUCCCGCGUUGUGCAAGUUUAAAACUUUAAAAAAUUCCGGUUGCAGAGCGAUCCACGCGGAAAUCUCUGCAAUGGUGUUUUUUCUCGUCGAAGUCGUACAGUUGAACCUCCGUAUCACGAAGCUGCAUUCAACGCAGGAAUAACUUCGUUAUCUCCGAUAUUCAUUCUAUGCUUAAAUUCGUCGCACAUCAAUAUGGGGAUAUUUUAGAUUUACUUCAUUGUAUCCGAUAAUUCGUUAUAUUGAGGUUCGAGUGUACAGCAAAGACUAUUUUGUUCACCGCAUGUCACGAAUGAUGUCUGUGUCGCACGUCACUAGCUAUGUAAAUAGGCUUGGGCUCCGUGUACAUUGGCGGUUUCACGUUUGUAUGCGUGGGUCUUGGAACACCGUGUCAUGCGAAAAAAAAAAUAAUGGUAGCCCAGUUGUUUUGGGAUUGUUAAAAUUUUCACACACUGUGUGCAUUGUUAUGAAAGGUCAUUGGAAUGCUUGCAUGAAAGCACGAAAAAAAAAAGAGUUAAUAACUGUAUUUCAUGCAGAGGCUUUAAGCACACGUAGUUGUUUUUAGGUCCUUGUACAACUGUCUUUUUUCCCUGUGGUUAUAAGUCUUGGGUCAAGAGGAAGGUUAUCUUGGGGCUGACUCCGGUGUCCCUCUUAAUGUGCAAUAUGCAGAAAUGACCUCGUUAAUGUAGCUGCUGAACUGCAGUAUAUGAAAUUUAUUGUAUAUUAAAGACAAGGAAGAAAAAUUUAAGGGCUGUUGGGAGCAAAUUUCAUACUUGUGACACUUUUUUCAGUUAUUAAAAAUUGAUGUAAAUUUAGGCACUUUCAAAGUUAUUGGCAUCAAGUUUUUACAACUACAGAAGCAAACGUUGUAACACCGUAAACCAAAUCAUUUAGACCUUUAAAAGUUCAUGUAACCGACAUAUUUAAGUCUGCUCUCGACAGUAACUACAAUUCAGCUUUUUUAGUGCAGCAAACGUAAUCGAAAUCAGUUUGGCAGUUGCCUGAGCAGAGCAUUUCUGCACUUUUCACAUAAUCUUAAUAGGGCGGAUGCGGCGUGAAGCUCGCUGUUAAAUUUUCAUUCUUAGCUUUUUAUGUCAAAUCUGCGAGACAUAAUGUUGAGCUUUCAAUUAUGUUUAUCAAAGAGCGUUCAGGAGUCGAUGGAUUCUUUUGUGCGAUGAGCAGGUUGCUUUUGGAUUGAGACGAUCAUAGUCAUUUCAGCAUUUUUGCGUACAUGUGUUCAAGUUUAAAGGUCGUUAGAGGAGUGCAAAUGAUACUAAAGAGUCAACACAAAACUGAAGAAUCGUACAAAAAAAAGCUGUCUCGCGUGGUACCUGAGCUAGCUUUUUAGGAUGUAUUUAAAUGAAGUCGGUAUAUAUGACAGUGUUAUGAGGAAACGAAUGGAGUUGCUUAUGAAACUUUUGUACAUAAUGGCGGUAAAAACUAUACUUUUUCUUUUGUGUUUUAUUUUAUAUGAUAUGGAAAUGUAGUGUCGGUGUGUGCAAAGUUUUGUUUCGUGGAAUUCACAUGCAUAGUAGUCAUAGCCUUGUAUAUCUGUGGCUGUGUUGAGGGAUGUCAAUCCUGUAUGGUAAUUUGCGGCUUACAUUAAACCGGUUUUCGCCUGUGAA